UGUAAAUAUAAACUUUUAUUUGUAUAAAUUGGUGAAUUUUAUAAUUUGCAUUAUGAGUGUAUAUUAAUAAAAGUCUGAACAAAAUACAGGCACCCUAAUAAAGACGGUCCUGAAAUAUCGCGCACGCGUAGAAAUGUAACCUUUUAAUUAUAUUUCUCUACUUCGUUAUUAGUCUACAUACUAUGACGUGAUAUUUAGAUGAUUAUUAUAUCAAAUCAAUAUGUCUCAGUAUAAAUACAAUAUCAGUAUAAUAAUGAGGCUUCCAACGUAAAAUACAUACGAUAGUCAUUUAUUCUACGUUGUAAAUCGAACAUACGACUCUGUUAAAAUUGGUUAAUUUUUUCUAUCUGUAAUAUUCAAGUAAAGGUAAAUGAAUUUCUAAAAUGAAUAUUGAAGAAAGUAGACUAAGAACUUUUACGGAUUGGCCAGUAAAUGCCACAGUUGAUGCUGCUCGAAUAGCAAAAGCCGGAUUUUACUACACUGGACAUGCCUUAGAAGUACAAUGCUUUUUAUGUGGAGUAAAAAUUUCUGAUUGGAAUUAUGGUGAUCAAGCUAUAGUGCGCCAUCGAUUAGCCGAACCUAAUUGUCCUUUUGUUCAAAAUCCUUCUAGUACUUGUAAUGUCCCUCUGAUACCAAUACCUAUUAAUAAUCUUGGAUUAGCCUCAUCAUCAACAGAAACAUCACAGGACAAUAACAUAGUUGAAUGUCAAUCUAUAAACCUUUAUCAGAAUAAAGAACCUCAAAAAGAAUGUAAGGUUAUGUCACAAAGAUUACAAUCCUUUACUAAUUGGCCAAUUUCUUCUAUUGUAUCGCCUGAAAAACUUGCUAAAGCUGGAUUUUAUUAUCUUCAACAUGAUGAUGACGUACAAUGUACAUAUUGUGGAGGUAUUCUAAGAAAGUGGAAACUUGGUGAUGAUCCAGAGAGAAAACAUAAAGAAUAUUUCCCUAAUUGUAACUUCUAUGUUCAUCAAGAUAAAGAUGAUAAUUUAUAUUUAACUAAUGUAAAAUUAAUGCCUGGUGCAACAUCAAAUCUCUCAGACUUAGGAAUACAAAUACACACAACUCCUAAAAAACCAGAUUGUGCAACAUAUGAAGGAAGAUUACGAACCUUUAAUGGCUGGCCAGAAAAUAUUAAGCAAACUCCUGAAAUAUUAGCUAGUGCUGGAUUUUAUUAUGAUGGGUUUGGUGACCAUGUUAGAUGUUUUCACUGUGAUGGUGGUUUACGAAAUUGGGAAGCAACAGAUGAUGCAUGGACUGAACAUGCAAGAUGGUUUCCUAAAUGCGAAUUUGUGAAUCUUGUAAGAGGACAAGAAUUUAUCAAACACUGCAUUAACAACAGACCACCUUUGGAUCAAUCAAUUUUUGAAGGUGUAACAGAAGAUGAAAGCACAGAUACAGCUGAGGUACCACCUACUACUAUACCUUCAUUAGAAAUUACCGAAGCAACGUUAAAAAAAUUACUAGAGAGUCCACCAGCAAUGGAAGCUUUAGAAGUUGGAUUACAUGUGGGCAGAGUAAAGAGGGCAUUAAAAAAACGAAUGGAGGAAAUAGGGACACCAUAUACAAAUUCUGAUCAACUUAUAGAAGACGUUCUUUGUGAUCAAAUUAUGGAAGAAUCAACAAGGGAGCAAACCAAUAGUGGUAUAGAACAGUGUAAUACUGUUAAAAAAGAUGAAUAUAGAGUAUGUUCAAUCGAAGAUGGGAAUUCUGUAAUAUUCAAUGACAAAAGCAAUACUGACAAAAAGACUAACUUUAAGGAAUCUACAGCUUUGGAAGAAGAAAACAGAAAAUUAAAAGAAGCUCGUUUAUGUAAAAUUUGCAUGGAUCGAGAAAUAGCUAUUGUAUUUUUACCUUGUGGACACUUAGCAACUUGUGUUUACUGUGCGCCAUCUCUUACAUAUUGUCUAAUGUGUAGACAAGAAAUUAAAGCAACUGUCCGUACAUUUCUAUCAUAAAACAGAUAGUAAAAUAUUAAUCGUUAAAUUUAUUUAUGCAAAUUUAAUAAUUUAAAACGUAAAGAUAUACAUGUAUAAAAAUAUAUUUUUUGUAUAUUUCGUGAAAAUAAUGUAUGUAUAUCAUUGUAUUUAUAAUUUAGUCAUUAAAAUAAGAGUAUAUAUCAAAAAAUAGUGAAAGAAACAAAUUAUGUACUAAUACAGUAUUUCUCAAAUAGAAAAUUGUGUUAUUACGUCUAA